CACGUUCCUUUCCCGAAAAGAACAACUGUCGGAAAGAACCCCAUACUAUUUCUACUCAUUAUUGUAUCCAAUUGAUCUGAUCUUGGCUGUUUGCCGUAAUUCUAGCCCCCUCUCUACGCGUUUCUCCAUAUUUCUGUGCGGUAUCAUAGCAACAUGUCGACCGAGGCCGCAAGUGUCUACCCAGCCCUGCAGGAUCGCCCUGUGCAGGGCACCAUUUGCCUGUUUGACGUCGACGGCACUUUGACACCAGCAAGGAGGACCGUCGCUCCUGAAAUGCUCGAACUCCUUUCUCAAUUGCGCCACAAGUGUGCCAUUGGCUUCGUUGGCGGCUCCGACCUGGCGAAGCAGCAAGAGCAGCUCGGUACUCCCUCGAUCAAUGUCACCAAUCUCUUCGACUUCUGCUUCGCCGAGAAUGGGUUGACAGCGAUUCGUCUAGGCAAGUCUCUUUCCAGCAACAGCUUCAUCCAAUCGUUGGGGGAGGACAAGUACCAGAACUUGGUGAACUUCUGCCUGAAAUAUAUCGCGGAUGUGAAGCUCCCUAAAAAGCGUGGCACCUUUGUUGAGUUCCGUAACGGAAUGGUCAACAUUAGCCCUGUCGGGAGAAGCGCCAGUGUCGACGAGCGAAACGAGUUUGAAGCGUACGACAAGGUGCACAAUAUCCGUAAGACCUUGGUGGAAGCUCUGAAGAAGGAAUUCCCCGACUAUGGUCUCACUUAUUCGAUCGGCGGCCAGGUCUCUUUCGAUAUUUUCCCUACCGGCUGGGACAAGACCUACUGCCUGCAGCACAUCGAGGCCGAGAAGGAUAUCUCGGGUGUUGAGUACAAGACCAUCCACUUCUUUGGCGACAAAUCCUUCGCUGGCGGCAACGACUAUGAAAUCUACUCUGACUCACGAACGAUCGGGCACGCGGUUACUGACCCCGAAGACACUAUGAAGCAGCUGCGGGAGAUCUUCCAGUUAUAAGAUGGGAGUUAAGAUCGUUUGAGCAUGGAUGCAUUCCUAGCAUGGUGAAACAUUAAUUAGAAGAAUCCUAGUAUGAUACCACUAAGACAAUGGCAU